AUGUCAACUUUUGCAGAAAGUGAGUAAAAUACUUUAAUUUUCAGAAAAAAAAGGAAAGAAAAUUGUUUUUAAGCUACGGGUAAAACGGCCGAAGAGCAGGACAUCAACAAAUUCUUUGAGAAUGCGGAAAAAGUAUGUUUUUUCCUAAUUUUUCAAAAUAAUCUAGUUUUUAGGAAGAAACCGCUCAACCACCAAGUCUAGCGCUCCGAGCGUCCUACUGCGCGAGCUGGGUAAACGAUUGUAGCUUUGAAAUUCAUCGGUAAGCCAUUUUCAUCACAUUUUUCCGAAAAAUUUAACUUUCAGAGGAAAUUCCCCGGAACCGUCCAUAAUCCAAUUCGACGUUUCUCCACUACCGGAAUCCGUCGGAAGCGUCCGUGAUUUGAAAAAAAAAUUAGAGGAAAAUAAAAAAGAAUCGCAGCUUUUUUCGAAAAGAAAAGCUGUCGUGGAACCGAAGAACACAGAAAAACGGCCCAAAUUAGGUCUGCACUGUUUUUCUUUCAUAUUUUGAAGCCAAAUUUGUAAUUUUUCAGCCCCAACUAUUGUCGCCACGAUAAAAACGUUGAAUUUCUUCGAAACAGUCGCUCGGGCCAAGGCGGAAAUUGAAAAAUGGAAAAACGCGCCGGCGGGAACAGGAGGAUCCAAAUGGAAAGUUGUGAAGGGAAUUUAUGUGGAAAUGGAAAGCGACGAGGACACGACUAACACUUCCGGUACCUGCCUCAGCUUAAAAAAAUAAAGAAAUUGUAGAAUUGUAGGCCCAAAAACGGAAUUCGACGAGUUAAUGCAGUUGUUCGGGAGAAAUACGAAAAUCUUCGGUUCUGUCAGUUUUGAGCAGUAAGUUUUAAACGUGUUUUACAGUUGUCUAAACUUUCUCCCACUUUCAGUUCGUAUUCGUUCGAUUGGGACCACUUCUCGCGACGUAGCAUGCAAUACGUGGUCUUCACGAAAGUUUGCCAAUCGCAUCCGCCCGGACAUUUCAUGGAAUUGCGCAAAGAGGAUACGGUAAGCUGAAAAUAUAUAAAAUACUAGUAUUUGCCAAAAAAAAUGCAGCCUUUAAAAAAAUUUCAACCAAGUCUGGGCUUUCCUAAAGUGUCCAUUUGGAUCACUUCCUGAAAGUUAUCAAUUAUCCCAUCGUUGUCUUGGUUUGGAAUACAGACCUUGAAUAAUUCAAACCGAUUGGAUUAUCUGGUCAUAAAAUAGUUUUGCGGCCGAAAUUUCGGAUUUUUUGGUUCAUAUCCAUAGAUCCGAUAAUCAGAACGGUCAGAAACUUUCAAGGUGGAUGCUCUAAACUGCAAUUGAUAAUCUUGCCAAGAAUGGGCCCGAUCGGAUGAUCUCCAAUUGAUGUUGUGGCCUUCAACUACCUUAAAACCUCCUCUUUUCCAGAAAUGCUCUGACUGCGGCGGUUCGGAUCUCUCGAUGACCGUCCGAUUGGCCAUUCCGCUCCUCCUUUCCGAAAUCCCGAUUCCGAUGCACGAAAAUCUGGGAAUCUACGUGGCGUUUCUCGCGAAAAAGCUUCCGGAAUUCCGCCAUCUCACCGAAUCCACCGGAAUUUUCGAUUUCUCUCGCGAGACCGCCGAAAAGAUGUACCAGCUGUACCAGGGCGUUUUGUGCGGAAAACCGAGCGCCGAGUACCAGGAGUGGUUCGAACGGUGCCGCAUCUUCGCGAAGAGGUCGCUCUUCUCGAAGCGGGUCCACCUUCUGCACGGCCGGAUCGUUCGACGCAAGUUCGAGGAGCACGGCAACUUUCGCAAGCGCCGAUGUUUCGUUUUCGCCGACAUUUUUGAUUUUGAAUAG